AUGGAAAUGGUCGAAAUGAAGACUGCUAAUGGUGUUCUUACAGAGGCAAUGAGUUCUCCAGUGCAAGAGCCAGAGGUGUCACCUUAUACACAGUACAGCAGUAUGCCGUUCCCCCCAGUUCAGCCUCAGAUUUCAUCACCACCUUAUUAUUCCAACCUUGGCUUUUACCCCCAGCAGCCUGAAGAAUGGUAUUCCCCUGGAAUGCAUGAACUCAGGAGAAUCCCCUGUGAGAACUUUUUCACAAGAGAGACAGAGCUAGCGGAUAUACCUGUAGCCAAGAAGUCUAGACUGGGCCACUCCACGGGAAGAGUGAAAGGAGAAGAGCUAUGUGUUGUGUGUGGUGACAAAGCAUCUGGAUACCACUAUAAUGCUCUUACUUGUGAGGGGUGCAAAGGCUUCUUCAGAAGAAGUAUCACUAAAAAUGCUGUAUACAAGUGUAAAAAUGGAGGCAAUUGUGAGAUGGACAUGUACAUGAGAAGAAAGUGCCAGGAGUGCCGCCUGCGGAAAUGCAAACAAAUGGGGAUGUUGGCUGAAUGUAUGUAUGCAGGUUUGUUAACAGAAAUACAAUGCAAGUCAAAACGUCUAAGAAAAAAUGUGAAACAGCUGCCUGAUCAGGCAGCCAACGAAGAUAACGAGGGAGCGGACCUGAAGCAAGUGACAUCUACAACUAAAAUAUAUAGGGAGAAAGUAGAACUUACCCCAGAACAGCAGAACCUUCUUCAUUACAUCAUGGAUUCAUAUAGUAAACAAAGAAUUCCUCAAGAGGUAUCAAAAAAACUUUUACAAGAGGAAUUCAGUGCUGAAGAAAAUUUUCUCAUCUUAACAGAAAUGGCUACAAGUCAUGUUCAGGUUCUUGUGGAAUUCACCAAAAAGUUACCAGGCUUUCAAACCCUUGAUCAUGAAGAUCAGAUUGCUUUGCUGAAGGGUUCAGCAGUAGAAGCCAUGUUCCUUCGUUCGGCUGAGAUCUUUAAUAGGAAACUUCCUAGGGGACACGCUGACCUCUUAGAAGAAAGAAUUCGCAAAAGCGGUAUCGCUGAUGAUUACAUAACUCCCAUGUUUGGUUUUUAUAAAAGCGUUGGAGAACUGAAGAUGACAGAAGAAGAAUAUGCUCUACUUACAGCAAUAGUUAUCCUAACUCCAGAUCGACAAUACAUAAAGGAUAGAGAGUCUGUGGAAAGACUUCAAGAACCACUGCUUGAAGUUCUACAAAAGCUCUGCAAGCUUUACCACACUGAUAACCCUCAACAUUUUGCAUGUCUUCUGGGCCGUCUGACAGAAUUACGGACAUUUAACCAUCAUCAUGCAGAGAUGCUGAUGUCAUGGAGAGUGAAUGAUCAUAAAUUUACCCCUCUUCUCUGUGAAAUCUGGGAUGUGCAGUGA